GCGGCCAUGUUGAAUUCCACGACACGCUUGCGUCUGUGAAACUUUUCUUUUUCAAGUUUGUGCUGACGGAAUGUCGACAUUUAUGUAACAACUUGACUGUUUUCUUGAUCCAUUACAAAAACUUUGACUGCACAAAUAACCAUGGAUGUGGAGUAACCCAAGACAAUGUACACAUUUAGUGUUCGAGACCUGGAAAGCAGUGUUUAUGCCGCUGUCACCGAGGUGUUGCGAGCUAAAGCACAUUGGAGAGAGCGCGGACGUGAGAGAGGGGAUCGUCCCCCAUCAGCGGCACUCAGUGCCGAUACACUGCGUGUAAACCUGGUGUUAGGGGAGCGGAAUAAGUUACCUUAUGGGAAAUUGGGGCACGAACCAGGUCUGCAGCAGCUCGUGAAUUACUACCGAGGCUCUUCCAGUCUUUGCCGCAAGACCAAACUUGUAUCAGUUCUGAAUACUGCAUCACAAUUCCAUAGUGAUCGUGUGGACUGGCUACCGGUGUCCUUUGUGAUUCGUCCAGCCAACAACAAUAAUGCAUGCAAAUCUGAGAAUGGUAGCACUUCUCAGGAGUGGAUACGUAAGUUACGACAGAACAAUCAGCAUGCGGAUGACAGGGAAGAGUUUCGGCGACAUUGGGAGAUGAGCCAAGGGUCUGGAGAUGGAAGUGUCUGGAUUGCAAAGUCAUCCUCCGGAGCUAAAGGUGAAGGUAUACUCAUAUCACAGGAUCCUGAUGAGCUGCUGGCGUUUGUAGAUGGUCAGCCCCAGGCCCAUGUUGUGCAGAAAUACAUCGAGAAGCCAUUUCUGCUGACAGGCAAUCGGAAAUUUGAUAUUCGGUGUUGGGUGUUGCUCGAUCACGAGUACAACAUUUUUAUGAUGAGAGAGGGUGUCUUACGGACGUCAUCUGAACCCUACAUUGCUGAUGAUCUCAAGAAUAUCACAAGUCAUUUAACAAACCACUGCAUACAGGAAGCACACUCUCAAAACUAUGGCAUGUACGAAGAUGGAAAUGAAAUGUUUUUCACAGAAUUUAACAGAUUUCUUCAAGAUAACUAUAAUGGAUGUAUGGAAGACACCAUAUUGCCACAGAUCCAUCACAUCAUUAGGCAAUGCUUAACAGCAAUCAAAGAGGAAGUGACCACAGAGGGAUUGGGCUAUCAGAGUUUCCAGUUGUUUGGAUUUGACUUCAUGCUAGACACAGACUUCAAAGUAUGGCUGAUAGAGGUCAAUGGAGCACCGGCAUGUGCAAAGCGACUUCAGUCUCAGCUUGUAGAAGGUAUCGUUUGCCUUGUCAUCGAUCGUGUGUUUCCACCACCAUCAGAUCCAGCCUCCCCGAACCAGACCAGACAACCCAGCCAGCUGGCUUCAUUUGAGAAACUCUGAUGUACAGUAUCUACUAUUGAGUACCUGUGUCUUUCAGGAAGAUGAGCUUGUCAUGCCGGUCGGUAAGCAGUGUGAGUGGAUUAGCAGCCAAGAUUGUGUGAGUGCAAUAUUUUAUGGAAUUUCAGACCACAGGGUUGUGUUGAAAUUUCGUUGACUUUUUAAGUCAAAUGGAAGACCAUGAAACCACAGAGAUUAGAAUGGAAUAUAAGUAGUGCAUAGUAC